GAAUUUAAAGUGCAUUUUAAUGGCAGUUAUAAUUGAAAGCAAUUAUUGAAUGCAAUAAACAAAUGUUUGAAGUAAUUAUUGUUUGUAUUGAUUAAUAUGUCUUAUCAUUGGAUCAAUUGAUUAUCAAUACUUGAACGAUGAAAUGAGUUCACAAAAGAGCUCAGGGAUGAGUUGGUGGCCAAAGAGGGUCUUCAAUUGGUCAUCAAGUGAUAGCACAAAAAGUGUAACAAAUGAAUCAAUUGAUGUCAUCAAUGAUAGCACUUCUUGUGUGUCAACCGAGUCUUCAAACAAUGAUAUUGUGGGCAAUAAUAACAAUAAAUACAUCAAUUUAUUGGUCAAACGGAUCCGCAAACGAUUUAAGAUGUCUGGAGAGGAGGAGAGAAUAGGUUGGAUGUCAGACAUGAACUCCAAAGAGUGUUAUGAAUGCGGCGAUAAGUUUACGACAAUUAGACGCCGACAUCACUGCCGGAUCUGCGGUCAGAUAUUUUGUACCAAAUGUUGUGAUCAAGAAAUUGAUUCCAAAUUUCUUGGAUUGAAUUCACGCGGAUCUGUCCGUUCGUGUAAUUACUGUCACAAAAUAGUUAACCAAUAUAUUAGUGACCGAAACGCAGACACAACCGCUGCCGUCGCCAGAGAUUCAGAGUUUAAUCAUUUUCGAGAAAUAAUUUUUUCCCAAAAUUUAAUUCAUAAUUCAGGACCCGAUCAAAGUGAUCAUUCAAGAAAUGUCGACGAUAUGACUGCUGCUAUAUCUAUGAGUCCGCACUCUUUAUCUGCAUUUCCUCGCAAGAGUUCAAUCGGUUUCCGAGAAGAAGAUUAUACUAAACCAAAAGCAAGAAUACUUAGUAUCGAUAAGGAAGCCAUCAAUAAAAUUGGUUCCUCGUCUUCCCCUUUGCAUAGUUUGUCAUCAUUUGGUAGUUAUAAGACUCCCAUUAAAAUUUGUAACAACGAAUUAGAUGAUGACUUGACACCAUUAAAGAGCGAAGAGGCUUCUCAUGAACCACUUUGGGUUAAAGAGAUAAACGAUGAACAAGACAUUCAAUGUUUUGAGAGACUAGACUUGUCUUUAGAUUCACUGAAAAGCAAUAAUUCUUUUGAAAGUGAUGUUCGUUUACGACAAAAGACACCGUCAAUCUCACCAAAGAGAUCGACAUCCACUUAUGACAUUGAAUUAGACAUACAUAAGGAUAGGGUUUGUAUUUCUAGAGCCACCAUAUCUAGUGAUGAUGUCGACAAGCCAUCAAUUGAGAAGAAUAUACAGACGACACCAAAUGAUGGACUUAGUGUUGAUUUUGAAGUAACUACUUCUUCAUCUAAUUGGGAAUCACUUAAAGAAGGGACAGAAGAAAAAUUUGUUUACGACUCACUCAACGCCUCAUACAAUCAUUUGUAUAAUAAAUUGUUGACUCAAUUUCUUGAAGAGGAGGAAUUAUCCUUAAGUUGGUUAAAUGUAAUUCAGAAGUUGUCAAAUAAAGUUUCAUCAGUUGUUCGACCAAACAGUCGUAGUGAUGUCGAGGAAAUGGAUAUAAGAAAUUAUCUAAAAAUUAAGACAAUUGCAAACGGCAUGAAAAGUGAUUGUAAUAUUAUAAAUGGUGUUGUCUUCACUAAAAAUAUUGCCAACAGAAAGAUGAGACAAACGAUAAUUCAUCCGAAGAUUUUGUUGCUUUCGUGUCCUAUUGUUUACCAGAGAAAUGAAAAAAAGAUGACAUAUUUGGAUUCAAUUUUAUUACAAGAGAACGAAUACAUACAGAAUUUGAUUUCAAAGAUUGUGUCCUACGGUCCGGAUGUCAUUGUUGUCGAAAAAACUGUGGCCAGAAUUGCAAAAGAUAUGCUUCUUGAUUAUGGUAUUACACUUGUCUCUAAUGUUAAGCCAAUUAUCAUUGAAAGACUAUCGCGAUUUACCGGCGCUGUUACUGUGUCUUCACUUGACGCACAAAUAGGUGUUCCACAGCUAGGAUUUUGUCAGAAAUUUUAUUUACAAACUUUUAAUCAAAAAACAUUAAUGUUUUUUGACGGCUGUCCUCAGUAUUUAGGUUUAACUGUUCUGUUGAAAGGUGGUCCUCUUGAGGAACUUAAGAAAAUUAAAUCUAUUUUAUCAUUUAUGAUAUUUUGUGAAUAUAACUGGCAACUCGAAAGAUCAUUUCUGAUGGAUGAGUAUUGUUAUCCUUCUCAAGAGUCAAUCGAUACUAAAGAUAUCGCAAAUUAUAAUACAAGUAAUAGCACUAAAAAAGAUAUUCUGCUUAAAGAAGACAGAAGUAUUACCACAUCUAUUGUUAGUGAUAAUUCAGAUCCAUUGAGAUCAAUGGCAUCUGAAAUCUCAACAGACAUUUUGUCACCAAUUAAUGUAAAUGUUGAGGAAAUUAAAGAAAAUUCAAAUGAAGAUAACUUUUUUGAAUUAACAACAAUAUUAAGUCAUUAUUUAACAAAAUUACAAUUAAGUUGUUCACCAUUUAUAACAAUAUCGUUGCCUUAUUUAUUGACAAAUGUAUCCAACAAUUUAAUACACAGAAAAUAUUUUGAUUUAAACAUAAUUUGGUCGAAAAAAUUUGAGAAAAAUUUAUCCAAAGAUAGCGAACUAUUGAAAGUAGAAAAAUCAUUAAAUGUGAGAAACCCGUCACCCAUUGAAUCAAUUUCUAUUAGAAAACAUCCACUUUUGGUUAGAAAUAUAAAACUUCCUAUAAAUUCACACGAAGUUAAGUCAUUGAUCGCUGAUUUUCGAGCUAAUGGUCCAUUCAUUGAGAAUUAUAUUGAAGAAUMCAAACCUAAACCAAACUUUAGUGAAACUGAGAUAAUAAAUGACAAAAAAAUCAUACGAAUCGAUGCACUGAAUCCUAAAUCUCAUCAGAAAUUAUCGGUUCUGUUCUCCAGUUUUUCUUAUGCAUCAACUAAUGCACCCAAUUAUUGUGUUAAACCAUGGAUUAUAAAUAUGGAGUUCUAUGGUUCCAAUGACAUACCUUUAGGUGGUUUUCUUGAGAGAUACUGUUUUCGACCCACAUAUACCUGUCCUAGCAAUACCUGUUCCACACCAAUGAUUGAACACAUGCGACGAUUUGUUCACUCAAAUGGUUGUAUAUUAAUAGUGUUGAGACAAUUGCAGCAAAAGGUAGAGGCGGCACAAGACUCGAUCAUUACGUGGUCGUGGUGUCAGAAAUGCAAAACAGGCACUCCUUACUCAACUCUGUCACCUGAUUCGUGGUCACUAUCUUUUGCUAAAUAUCUGGAAUUGAAGUUUUCUUUAUCAAACUAUAGGCGUAGAGCUACCCAAAGUUCAGUACAAUGUCUGGAGCACUCACUACAUGUCGAUCACUUCCAGUUUUUUGCUUACAAACAAAUUGUGGCCAGUUUUAAGUAUAUGCCCGUCCAUAUUCAUGAAAUUAUAUUACCGCCAAAUCAUAUUGCUAUCUAUUGCGACACAUUUAGCAAAUCUGAUUUUAUUGAAGAUUUAAAGCAAAAUGCAAUUAAAGGUUAUGAAAUAUAUUCAUUAAUACUCGAAAAAUUGUGUUCAAUUAAAGAUGAGACUAUUGGCACAAAAUAUGAAACAAAUGUUAAUGAAUUUAUGCAAAUUCAGUCAAAAGAGAGAGCAAUUUUUAGGAAAACCAUUGAAGAAAUUCAAGUGACACUAACUUCUUGUAAUAAUGAAAGCUUACAAAUGAAAUCUAUUUGUUAUCUCAAUGACUCGUUAAUACAAUUAAAGAAAAUGAUUGCAGAAUCUGUUUAUAUAUGGAAUCUUAAAAUACAAGACUUCGUGACAAACAAGAAGAAAGACGAGAAAAUUAUUAAAGAAAAACCAAAUACUAGUUCAAUACAACCGAAAGCAUCUCCCGUUCAAAAUGUGUCUAAUGAUGAAGCGUACACUCCUUCUAUAGACUUAUUAAUUGAGGAUCAAAUUAUUUCAUCAAAAACUAUUGCAGCUCUUAACUCAAGUUUUGAUGUCAUCAAUAAAGCCGAUAAUAAUUCAGAAAUAUUAAAGACUUGUAUUGAAGAACAAGAAAAUGAAUGUAAGGAAACUCUCGAAGCCUUGAAUAAUAUAAAACUUGACGAAUCCUACGAUGAAUUUGCUGAAAGACUUGACAUUAGCAGAGAAAAGACCAAACUUUCGGUUUCAAGUUAUACCUAUGAAGUAGACGUUGGUAUAAAUGAUUGUAUUGAAAACGGUGUCAAUUUUGAGGCCAAUAGUGAUAAUUAUGCCGUUUAUAAUUUACAUGAAUCCAGUGAUGAAUACAAGAAACAGGAUGACAAUCAGUCUUUGAGGUCAUCGACUGAAAUUAAAUCCAUAACAAGCCUUACAUCAAGUGUUAGACCAGACGGUCCACAGUUUGGUGUCAAACGCAUAUUUAAAGAGUUUCUUUCAAAUGCUAAUAAUUUAGUGAUUAAUAAUCCGUUUUCUUUGAGUGAACACUAUAUUUUGCCCAAUCAUAGAGAUAGCAUUAAAAUAGUUGUCAAAGACGAUGAUCCCGGAUCUAUCAUUGCUUACACUUUAACCAGUGCUGAAUAUGAAAGACAACUGUCAGAUAUUAUGAAGCAAACGGUGAGUCCGGCUUUUAAGAAAAAAUUGACGACAUCUGCUGAAACAGAUCUUAACAGUGAUCCAAAUAGUAAUAAGGGAUCAAAUAACAUAACGACACAGCAUUUAGAUAUUCAAUUCAGCGAAUCAAACGCCAAAUUUUAUUGUUGUGUUUAUUUUGCCGAACAAUUUCGUAAAUUUAGAGCCCAUAUAUUGGAUUCAAAUAAUGACGAAGAACUUUAUAUCCGAUCUUUGAGUAGUUGUGUGCCGUGGAAGGCAAGAGGUGGCAAAUCGGGAUCAACUUUCUGUAAGACAGUCAACGAUAGAUUUAUUUUAAAAGAGAUGUCCAAAUUAGAGUUGCAGUCAUUUUUAAAUAUUGCAAAUUAUUAUUUUGAAUAUUGUUCCCGAGCUAUAUUUGAAUGCAGGCCAUCAUUAUUGGCCCGAAUUGUUGGUGUUUAUCGGACCAGUUAUAAGAAUACGGCCACAAAUAAUGCCUCAAAGUUAUACCUAUUAGUUAUGGAGAACUUGUUUUAUAAGUGUAAUAUUACACAAAAGUUUGAUCUCAAGGGCUCAAUGAGGAACCGUUUGGUGGACACGAAUUUGCCGAAUCUGAAGGCCGACCAAAUCGUUUUGUUGGACGAGAAUCUGAUGCAAAUGACAUGCGAUUGUCCACUCUAUGUUCACUCACAUUCAAAAGCUAUACUUAGGACAGCCAUUGAUAACGAUUCGACAUUUUUAUCGUCACAUUCUGUGAUGGAUUACUCAUUAUUGGUUGGUAUUGAAGAUCAAAGAAAUCAAUUUGUCGUUGGAAUCAUUGAUUACAUCCGACCGUUCACUUGGGAUAAGAAGAUUGAAUCAGUUGUGAAGUUAGUGGGCAGUCAGGGAAAGCUCCCGACUAUAGUUCAACCAGACUUAUAUCGAAUCAGAUUCUGUGAAGCAAUGGAUCAGUACUUCCUCUGUGUUCCCGACAAAUGGUAUUCAAUUGUUGACUAUAAUGUCAACAAAAUGUGAAUUAUUUCUAA